AUGUGUCUCCCGCGGCUCAUCUAUGAUGAUGUUCCCCCAAACUCCUCAACGCUCCUGCGUGAGCACCGUGCCGCGGCCACCAUCCAGCAUGCGUACCGGGGGCACCGUAAGCGCCAAGCGGCCGCCCGGAAGAUCCAGAAUUUCAUGAGGCAGAGCCGGAUCAAACUUCGCAAAAUGCACGAGCAAAGCGGCGUCGCGUGUACGAUGGAGCCGGUGGGAACGGAGGAUGGAGCGUUGUGCCUGCCGGGCAACCGUCCGUCGGUGCAUCUGCCCACCGGGGUGCCAACAGCAACAGUCAAUUAUGCUGAAUACUACACAACACCAAAUAGCGACCUUCUCCACUACGACCCCGGCGUCCACGGGGCUCCAAAUGACACCCAACUGCAAUAUGGUGGCCAACAACAGCAGCAACAGCAACACUACAUCCCACAACAACAACACCCCCUCCACCACCACGGCGGCUAUUCAACCGCCCACCCAACUGCAGCAACAAGUACAGCAGCAACAGCUGGCCCAUCAAGGACCACUGCCCCCGAUUCACACUAUACAACCAUCGACCAAUGCCAGCAGCAUGCGCCAUGGAUGCUGAACGAGCCGCGC